UGUUGUUGCAAACACACUUUCAGGGUCGGGCGGAAGUGUCGUGCGGAGCCACUCCUUACUCCUGGUGCGGCGACGUCAGUGUGAACCGAGCGUUUGCGAUUUGAAAGCUUCUUGUGAUGGCACAAAAGAACAAGAUAAGCUCUGCUGUAGAGAUUUCAAGCAAGAAGUUGUUGAAAUCAAAACACAAGACAAAAACACAAGCAGGAACUAUAAAAGAGACUAGGAGUGAAGCAAAAGUGACAACAAAAAAUACAAACAAUUUGGAAUUUCAGACUACUGAAUCUCCUGAAAAAGACUUGGAACCAAGAAUUCAAAAGAUAAAGAUCACUUUGGGAGAUGAAAAGGACAAACAAUACAAAAGUAACUUUGUUCCCAAAGAUAGCCAAGAGGAAUCUUUCAGUGAUGCUUCAUCUUCAGCCUCAGAAGAUAAAGCUAAUGGAGAGGAUGAUGGACAACUGGCAAUUCGCAAGCCAAGAUACUGGUUAGAGAUGAAGGGAAUGGAGGCUUAUGUAGAAAAUUGUAAGCAGAAAGGGAAAGAGAGCAAAGCCAUGCAGAAGAAAAGAAAAAUGAGAAGUACUGAUAGUGAAGAUGAUGAUGACGAUGUAUCUUCUCAUAAAGGAAGAAAGCUAACAGUAACAAAUACAUUUUCUAAAAAACAAAAGUCCUUUAAAGUCAAUGCCAAAGUGCAGAGUCAAAAAUCUGGAAAUCGUUCUCGGUAUGUGCGAAAGGAACUUCCUUCGUAUCCAGCAGGAAGUCAGGAGGAACACUGGUAUCUGGAAAUUCUGGAAAAGGGAAAGAUUACGUGCCCUACGUGUAAGGCUGUAAUGAGGAAGACAGUGGAAGGGCUGAAGAAACACAUGGCCAACUGCAAAGAGGAACCAUUUGUAUGCCAACACUGUGGAAAACAGUUGAAAUCUUUAGCAGGGCUCAAGUAUCAUUUAAUGGCAGACCAUAACAAUAUGCCACUUUUGAAAGAUGGGGAUGUGGUUGAUGAGCAGACUGAUAGAGAAAGACUUCGAAAGGUUUUGAGGAGAAUGGGGAGAUUGAAGUGUCUUCGUGAGGAUUGUUCUGCCAGCUUUACUAGUAUAAUGGGUUACCUCUAUCAUUUGAAAAAGUGUGGCAAAGAAGAAUCAGAAUUAUUGAAACAAUUAUUUAAAUGCCAACACUGUGGAAAGCUGUACAAGUCGAAGGCAGGUCUGGAUUAUCACUUGAAAUCAGAGCAUGCACCGUCUCCAGAAACUACAGAUGAUGAGGCUGCUGAAAAAGAAAGUGAACCAGAAGUGGAAAGAACGUCCACUGGAAGAGUACGAAGGAGCUCUGCCAAGCUAGCUGCAUACCACCUGCAUGAAAUCGUGGCAGACGAACUUGCUCGGGAGUCACCUCGGAGGAAAAUCCAACGUGACCUGGUACCAGAUGACGAUAAGUUGAAGUACACACGGCCUGGCUUGCCUACGUUCAGUCAUGAAGUGCUUUGCAAGUGGAAGAAUGAAAUGAAAACCUAUAAGAGAGUGCAAUGCCCAAACAAGGAUUGUGCUUCUUAUUAUACCAGCGUAUCAGGAUUGAAGGCUCAUCUUGGUUCUUGUACAAGGGGGGAGUAUGUGGCUGGAAAGUACAAAUGCCUGAUAUGUGAAAAGGAAUUCAGCUCUGAGAGUGGAGUAAAGUAUCAUAUUAACAAUGUACACUUUGAGGACUGGUUUCUUCCUACUUCCAAGGCGGCUAAAGAAUUCAAACCCUUGAUGAAAGUAACCAAAAAACAACCUGCAACAUCAAACAAGAAAAAAUCAUCUGCAAAAGUUAGCAAGAAACAAAGUGCCCAGAUAGUAUCAGUGAAUGAAGUUUCUUAUCUCAAAAAGGUGUGUGAACCUUCAAGAGAAUCUGAUCAGUACAGGUUCACUGAUAGUGAAGAAGAUGAGGACGAGCAAGAAAAUAUAGGGAGCUGGCGCCUUAAAAGGCCGAGUGCAAAAGCUGAAUUAAAGACCGAUCUUUCCAGGAAAUAAGCAAAACUGGAAAUUAAGAUACUGAACAAUUUGUGUAGCUUUACAGUAAGAAACAAGUGAAGGGCAUUGAUUAAAACCUAGCAAGUCUUUAGGUAUAAUUUGAAGUUUUUUGUCUACAAUGUUUUUUUAAUUUUUAAAUUGUGCCCUUAUCCCCAUUAUUGGAUAAUAAGCAAUUAGUUUGUACCAGAUCAAUUUUUAUUGGGCACAAGAUCAGAAAAAGAAACUAAAAAUACUUCCAAAUUGUAAAUGUAGACUUAGUAAAUAAUGUUAAUGUGGCUUUCUGUAAAGUAGAUUUCCUCCUUGGAUGUCCUUAAUAGUUGUAGUUUAAUGUCCACGUAAUGGAAUAUAGUGCUAUUUUUUUGGAAGGGAAAAAAAUUAUCACAAGGUUAUCUUCACCUUUGUAUAAUUAUGAACGAAGUUUGUUGGUUUAAAAAAAUACAGUGGGUUAUGUGUUCAGCAUUUGUCCACUAAUGGCAUAGAAAGAGCUAAGUGUCACUGGUGCUGUGUUUUAGCAAAGGUGAGGUUACUUUGUAAAUUGCUGCUUUGUGCAAGGGAAGAAUUCAGGCUAGAUAUUCCAGUUUGACUGAACACCACUUAUUUAGACAGAGAUGGGGGUUGGGGUGGCUAAUAGUGGAGAAAUUUGUGUUUAUUCGUUAGCGCUAAGCAUGUGUAUGGUCAUCAGUCCUCCCUACAUAUGGGUCCAUAUGUCGUGAAUGUGUCAAGGUGAGCUGUCAGAUGUGUUUAACGCUACCGACCAAAGCCAGAUUUCUUAUCAACAUCUCUAUUUAAUAAAAAGCAUUUUUGUGAUAAAUUUUAAAUUUUAGAAAUGUCUUCUUGCAGUGAUUAGUUACUAAAUUUGUGCUCAUUGUAAUGCCUUAAGUCUUCAGGGUUCAUGAUGGGGAAGAAAUAGAUCAACGUGUUUUUAUUUUGACAUAUUUUCCUACAAGAAGAAAUUGUUGAUUUUCAGUAGUUUUGUUGGGUCACUGGUAACGUUUCAAAAAAAGCAAGAAAAUAUUACAACCUUGAAAGUAGUAAUACAUACACUAUACUAAAUGCAUUAAUUUGGCCUGCUUUAUCCAGUUGUCAUCUAUGAGGGUAUAUAAAAUUAUCAGUAUUACAAUAUCCUCUUUAUUUCACUUGACAUGUAUACCUCAAAACUCCUGAUUAAUGAUGAAUAAAACUUCUUAUUUCACUGUUCUCUGCUAUUUUUAGGAUAAGUAGAUGUAAGAUACAUCGUUUUCUUAAAAAAAACUGAAGUUGUUCCAUUUAGUGUGUAUGAUAUUGAAACAGUGGUAGUUUAAGCUGUAUUGAGUUCUGAGGAAUCAAAUAUGACAUACAGAUAAUUGGAUCACAAAAGAAUAUGCUUUUUGAUAUGAAAUGGUGUUCAUUAUUUACAGUGUGGAAUCUUCACAUCACAUGGCAAAGCAGGUGUUUCUAGUAAAAAUCCUUUUUACCAAAUUCUCAAUUUUAGUGUUAGCUUUGGCGAUGCCAAGAGAAAAAAUUAAACAAUGUUGUUAAAUUCAUAUUAAAAGUGGAUCUUUAACAUACCUGCAUUUCUAGUGUCAAAAUAAAUAUAUUUCAUUGCCUUGAUAAUUCCUUACUGACUUCAGUGACUUUUUUUUCAUUAAGGGACCUCAUUAAAGUACACCAACCUAUUACCUAUGCUCAUUUUUCUUUUGCACUCUAUUAAUGCAGUUUUUUAAGAUUUGAGAGGAGAACUGUUAACACCAUGUUCUUGAGUGUUGGCAGAGAUGAUGCAAUCUGUUAAAGCAAAAAUUAAUUUUAUGGUGCUGAAUUAGACUGAAUUUUUUAUGGUUGUUUACAUGACCCUCAAAAGCAAAACAAAAAGCAACAUUUGAUUACAUGCAUUAAAAUUAGUUUUUAAAUCUUUGUAUUCUGAUUGAGUUUUAUCAUUUACAAUGUUGAAACCAUAAUAAACAGGUAU